AGAUCUCAGCAGAGCCGGCGCCUUAGCUGCCACAGCGGCUGCCGCAGCUUCGCUGCCCAGCACCUGCUGCCCUCGCCCGGCCCCGGGCACCGCUGCCAUGCGGCUGGCGCUGCUCUGGGCACUAGGGCUCCUGGGCGCCGGGAGUCCCAUGCCCUCGGGGCCCCUCUUGGACACAGGUCAAAUGGGGGAGCAACUGCCACUGUCAGAGGGACUUCCUAGAGGAUACCCAGAGCCCCAGGUUCUUUUGGGCCACCUCACCCUCAAUCUCUCAGAAGCACUCCAGGACAGGCUCCCCCAGAAAUUACAGAUCAAACUAGAACUGGAGGGUAAGAACCACAUCUUGGAGCUGCAACAGAAUGGGGAGCUGGUCCCAGACACCCCAACUCUUGUGUGGUACCAGCCUGAUGGCACCCAGGUGGUAAAUGAGGGGAACACUCUGGAGAAUUGUUGCUACCAGGGGAUUGUACAGGAUCACCCAAACUCCUGGGUCUCUGUUUGCACUUGCUCUGGACUCAGAGGGCUGCUUGUCCUCUCCCCAGAGAAAAUAUAUACCUUAGAUCCCAGGCCAGGGGGAGUCACCCAUAUCUCCAAAGUAGAAGAUAUUCACCCAACAGGAGGCACUUGUGCCCUGAACCCAGGACCCCAUUCGUUCAUCCAAGCACAGUCAGAGCUCAAACUGGGCCUGCAUAGUCUUUAUCGGAGUAAACGGGAUGUCUUGUCAGAGACAAAGUUUGUGGAGUUGGUGAUUGUAGCUGACCACAAGGAGGCCCAGAGAUACCCAGACCUCCACCAGCUGCAGACCCGAAUGCUAGAAGUGGCUAACCAGGUGGACGCGUUUUUUAGGUUCCUGAAUGUGCGCGUGGCACUGGUGGGCGUGGAGGUCUGGAGCCAGGAGGACUUGAUCUCAGUGGACGGAGAUGCGGGCGUCACAUUGGAAAAUUUCCUCCGCUGGCGUCAGACAGACCUGCUCCCUCGACUGCCGCAUGACAGUGCCCAGCUGGUCACGACCAGCCUAUUCCUGAACUCUUCAGUGGGCAUGGCAGUACAGAACUCCAUCUGCUCCCCAGCCCUUUCAGGGGGUGUGAAUGUGGACCACUCAGUGAGCAUCCUGGGUGUAGCAUCCACCAUGGCCCAUGAGCUGGGGCACAGCCUGGGCCUGGCACAUGAUCCCCCAGGAGGCAACUGCCCAUGCCCAGGCCAGCCGCCUGCCAAGAGCUGUAUCAUGGAGGCUGCCACAGCGUUCCUGCCUGGUCUGAGUUUUAGCAGCUGCAGCAGAGAAGCUUUGGAGAAGGCGCUUUUGAGGGGAGCAGGGGGCUGCCUCUUUUCUCGGCCUGCUCAGCUGGCCCCUCGCCCCCCUCGAUGCGGGAAUUUAUUUGUAGAGCCUGGCGAGCAGUGUGACUGUGGCUUCUGGGAGGAAUGUUCUGAUCCCUGCUGUAAUGCCUCCAGCUGCCAGCUGAUGCCCGGGGCUCAAUGUGCUUCCGACGGUCUCUGCUGUCAAGAUUGCCAGCUGCGCCCGGCGGGAUGGCUAUGCCGCCCAGUACGGGGGGAUUGUGACCUGCCUGAAUUCUGCUCAGGGGAUAGUGCCCAGUGUCCCUCGGAUGUCAGCCUAGGGGAUGGUGAGCCCUGUGCAGGGGGCAAAGCUGUCUGUGCUGCUGGGCACUGUGCCUCUUACGCUGCUCAGUGCCAGGCACUCUGGGGUCCUGGUGCCCGCUCUGCAACCCCUGCCUGUCUCCAAGCUGCCAACACACGAGGAGAUGGCUUUGGGAACUGUGGGAAACAGUACAAUGGUACUUAUGUGCCAUGUGCCCCUCGAGAUGCCAACUGUGGGCAACUCCAGUGCCAAGGUGGUAGUGUCCACCCUCUAUUGGGCACUGCUCAGGAGACAAUCACAGAGACCAUUGAGGCCAAUGGAACACACCAGACCUGCCGAUGGACACACCUAGACCUGGGCAACGAUGUGGCCCAGCCCUUUCUGGCUCUGACAGGCACUGCUUGUGCCCCUGGCCAGGUCUGCAUUGACCAGCGGUGCCAGCCAGUGGCACUUCUGGGAGCAGAGGAGUGUCGGAGCAAAUGCCAUGGGCAUGGGGUUUGCAAUAGCAAUGGACAUUGCCACUGUGACCAGGGCUGGGCGCCUCCAGAUUGCUCAAAGGAAGGCUUUGGGGGCAGUGUGGACAGUGGGGCCCUGGGCCAGCAGCCCAAAGCAAAUGGUGGCCUGACCACAGGACUGCUCCUCAGCCUCCUCCUCCUGGCCCUGCUGAUGCUUCUCGGAGCUUGCUAUUGGCACCGGACCCAUCUCCACCGCAGACUCUGCCAGUUUAAGGGGACCAGUUCCCAGUAUAGGGAUACUGCAGAGGCCCAGGUUCGAUUUCUCCACGGGGGUGUCUGUGCCAAUGGGUACAGGACGUCCCCAUCUGGCCCCCCUGAACGUCCAGGUCCACCUCAGAGGGCUCAGGCCACAGAACUCCAGCUGCUGUCCAGCACCAAGUCUGGCGCUCUCGGUCACCCUGACCCCCCCUCCCGGCCGCUCCCGCCGGACCCUGUGCCCAAGAGACUACAGGCUGCACUGACCGACCGACCCAACCCCCCCACCCGUCCGCUACCCGCCGACCCGGUGGUGAGGAGCCCACAGUCUCAGGGGCCUGCUAAACCCCCACCUCCAAGGAAGCCGCUGCCCUCCUACCCCCAGGGACGGCACCUCUCAGAUGAAGGGCCGGCUGAAGAAAGCUCCGUGCCUCUGGUCGUCCCCUCUAGGCCUGCACCCCCGCCCCCCGCGGCCUCUGGGGCAGCUCUACGCGUCUGACUUCAUCCUGGGACAGUGAUCUCACAUUGGAUAAGUCACCGUGGCCCCCGUUUCCCCAACAUCGGACCUGAGGAGCCUGUGAAAGGGAAGCCUGCCCACCCUCUGCUAGGACUCCGAAGGUUCGAGUCCAGAAGCGGAGGAGCAGCAUUCUUAAGGCACUAUUGGGGUUCCUGAAGGCGAAGCCCGAGACGGAACCCGCACUGUUGACUCUGGGAUGGGGGAGGCGGGGAGAGGGUCCAGGUGUGGAGGGGUGGGAGCGGGCCCGGUGCUGCUUGGGCUCAGCCACAAUAAACUGCGACCUGCCUCCGA